AGGGGUGGGACUGGAUGGGCUUUGAGGUCCCUUCUGGCCCGAAAUAUCCCGUGAUUCAUCCUGUGAUAGCGUAGAAAGGCCAUCAACUGCAGCUGUUUCUGCGCUCGCCUUGGUCAGAAAGGUGACAAGCAACAGUGGAUUUUGAGCAAAAAGCAGAAAGUGUUCUGGGAGCGGCUGAGGGCCCCGGGGCUGUUUUGCCUCCAGAAGAGGAAGCUGAGGGGAGACCUCAUUGCUUUCCACAGCUCUGUGAAAUAAGGUUGUAGCGAGGUGUGUGCUGGGCCCUUCUCCCAGCCCAAAAUGUUCCAAACUCUGAUUGGGAAAAGAAGGUAACGGAAUACUUCAAGGAGAAAUUGAAAGAAAAUAAUGCUACUAACUGGGUCCCGUCACUGAAUGAUGUUCCUGUACAUUACCUGAAGCCCAACAGCUUAGUGAAGUUUCGCUGCAUGGUGCAAGACAUGUUUGAUCCCGAGUUUUACAUGGGCGUCUAUGAAACAGUUGACCCAAACACGAAUGCACGUGUUCUGCAUUUUGGCAAAUACAGAGAUGUGGCAGAGUGUGGGCCUCAGCAGGAAAUAGAUCUGAACUCCUCCCACACAGUCACCUCGGAGAGACAGACCUUCUACUGCGUCCCAGUGCCUGGCGAAUCAGCAUGGGUGAAAGAAGCAUAUAUCAGUGCCAGCCAAGCUCGAGUGAGUCCUUCGACAUCCUACACCCCCAGCCGCCACAAGCGGAGCUACGAGGAAGAUGAGGAUAUGGAUCUGCAUCCAUCUAAACAGAAAGAGCAACAUAUGGGCACUGGAAGCGAUAUCCAUGGGUGUGUGGAGCCAAAGAGAUUAGAAACAGAAGCGUCUGCGGGUCAUCAUCUCAUUUCUCCCAACUGCUCCCCUCCACUUGACUUAAAUUUUCCGUUGCCAGGAGAGAAGGGACCAGCAUGUCUCGUAAAGGUCUAUGAGAGCUGGGAGAGCUUCAAAGUGAACGAUGUCCUGGAAGUGUACGGUAUUUUGUCUGUGGAUCCGGUGCUAAGCAUCGUAAACAGUGAAGAGAGCUCGGCCCUCGAUCCGAUGGAGUGCAUGGACGCGGCAGAGGAACAGCGAGUGCAUAGUCCUCCAGCCUCAUUAGUCCCCAGGAUCCACGUGAUUUUGGCACAGAAAUUACAACACAUUAACCCCUUGCUGCCGGCCUGCCUUAAUGAAGAGGAGAGUAAAACCUUUAUUUCUAAUUUCAUGUCUGAGCUGUCACCGGUGCGAGCAGAGUUGCUCGGGUUCCUCACCCACGCCCUGCUGGGAGACAGUUUGGCUGCUGAGUAUCUGAUACUGCACCUCAUCUCAACAGUUUACGCCAGACGAGAUGUGCUUCCUCUGGGAAAAUUCACAGUCAACUUGAGCGGCUGCCCAAGAAACAGCAUCUUCACAGAGCACAUCUACCACAUCAUCCAGCAGCUCGUUCCAGCAUCCUAUCGCCUACAAAUGACCAUUGAAAACAUGAACCAUUCGCGAUUUAACCCGCACAAAGACUACGCCGCUAAUCGCCUCGUCAGCGGAGUCUUACAGCUUGCCAGCAACACUUCUCUCGUGGUAGAUGAGACUCAGCUCGAGCAAGGACAGCUCGACACCACAGGUGUUCACAAUGUGACGGCGCUGGGGAAUCUGAUCACUUGGCAGAAGGUGGAUUAUGACUUCAGUUACCACCAGAUGGAAUUCCCGUGCAAUAUUAAUGUCCUUAUCACUUCAGAGGGCCGAUCGCUCCUACCGUCAGAUUGCCAAGUCCACUUACAGCCGCAGAUAAUCCCACCCAACAUGGAGGAGUACAUGAGCAGCCUCCUCACGGCCGUGCUCCCGUCAGUGCUGAACAAGUUUCGCAUCUAUCUGAGUUUAUCGAGGCUGCUGGACUACAGCAUCUCUGAUGAGGUGACCAAGGCAGUAGAAGAAGACUUCGUGGAGAUGCGGAAGAAUGACCCCGAGAGCGUAACAGCUGAUGAUCUGCACAGAACGCUGCUCGUGGCAAGGUUCCUGUCUCUCAGCGCGGGGCAGACGACGCUGUCACGAGAGCGGUGGCUGCGAGCAAAACAGCUGGAGGCACUGCGGAAAGCCAGGCUCCAGCAGCAGAGAUGCGUUAAUGGGAACGAACUCUAAUAAUCCCAUGGAUGUCGCUACGGAAAGGUGUCUUUUUCUCGCUGGAACCCCUACGGAGAUUGGAAUAUUGUUUAUACCAGGUUUUGUAGAUAAUUUAUACCAAAAAGCUAUGGCUAUUCACUCACGCAGCCGAACACUUAACUCCGUUCAGCCAGUUACACUUAUUUUAUGACCUUUUUUUUGGAGCCUGUUUUGUAAGUGAAAAUUGGUAACAAUGAGCAAAUCGUUUGAUAUUAAACUUUAAUACGGA